CCUUAUCGAAGGCGGGCCAAUGAGAUCGACGACUGAUCCUGGAGCAAUGAGGAUAAGUAGGUUGACGGAGAUGCGUGCAUCGUCUAACACCCCAAGUCGUCUCCGCCAAGGCACUCUGCCUGGUGGAAUACAUACGCCCCCCUUCUCUCAUAUCGGUCAACGCUACCCAAGUGUAACACGGUAGACUAGACGACGAGCAAGACGAGCAAGACAGGCCAUGGCGGAUUUCCUCAGCGCAAGCCAGAUCAUAACGUUGCUGCCAUGGAGCAUCGCCAGCGGCUCAUCAGAAUCUGGGGGGAUUCCUCCUGGAUCCAAGGUCCUCGAGAUCGGUCCUGGACAGGUUGACUUCACCGUCGCGUUGGCUGAUGCUGUAGGACCAACAGGCUAUGUUGUUGCAGUUGACAAUGCGCCCCCGGAUUAUGGUAUGGUGGCACGAAACCGCCUACUCUCUCCUCCAAGGCCCCUGAAACACUUGAUACUGCCGUGGCUAGUCACUGAUAGUAGCACUAUAGGAACGCCCCUUAUCGAGGAAGCGCAAGCCUUCUCGGUUGCCUCGCCACUCGGCGAUCGAAUCGGAUUUGUCCGCGCAGGCCCGCUCGACUUCCUGUCUUCCGCGAUAGAGGUAGCAAUUCAGGGUUUCGACUUCAUCGUCUUCUACCACUGCAGCGGGUACUUCAACAGGCCAAACUACGUCACUCGCUUGCUUAAGCUUGCCCGCUCCCGCGUGUGCACCGGCCUCAUAGCCGAGUACAGCCUCUCGACGUCGCUCCGCGCCGCCGUCCCCCAUGUACUCUCGGCUCUUGUCAACAAUACGCUCGAAAGCCUCCAGAGCGAGGCUUCGAUGCGCAACAUCAGGUCUGCGCAGACCCCUCCCCAGAUCAUUCGUGCCGCCGAGGGCGCGGGUUGGGCGGGUGAAGAUACAGGAGAUCGUCACACCGGGACCCAGACAGCGCGAUGGGCUCAGGGAAGUCAGCAUGGUGGUCAAGUCCAAGUUUAAGGCGAACCUCGAAGCCGCGCAGGUAGAACGGGUGAAGACAAUGCUGUAUGGUAUGGUUAAUGCCGUCGCUGCGAGUGCGGACCUGCUCGACGGGGGAGUCGAGGCUGUGAGGACUAUGGACGUCUGGGUUGCGCGAUUUGACAUGAGGAAUGAGAAACUCUCAAGAUAGCGAAACGAAGUUGGAGAACCAGUCUUGACAAAUGACAGGUAGUUAGAAACCUUGCGCUCUCACUUCCAUCCAAGCUCGCGAUGAUGGAGAUCACGGAUGAGGAUCCAGACGUCGCUCACUAGUUAUCCCACAAUUGCAAAAGGCAG